CAAAGGAAGCCCCCAUCACUGGCGUUAUUCUGGAAAAUAUAGUUGUUGUCUACCCUAAUGCAAAAAUUCCACCGUAUGUGAAGAGUGAGGCUGAUAGGAAGCCAGAAUGAAAUUAACAUCGAGUGGAUACUGGCACAUGAGCGAUCUAAAGCAACAAUGAAAAACAAGAGACAAGCAACAGAAAAAGUCAGUAGAAAAGAGAAGGACAAAAGUUGUAAAUAAUAGUAAAAUUAGACAAUCGUGAACACCUAGAAUUGAGACUAUUUGUUAGUAUGUUUUUGACACACCCUCUGACGUUGAAGCUGUUAAUAUGGAGCAUCAGGGACAUCAUCCUACAGCUUUUAAAAGAUUUGAAAUCCAUUGGAGUCAACAUUAGAAAGGUUAGAGGCUAUCUCACUGAGCAUGCGGCACAACUCCUUGUCCAGGCCCUGGUAUGUUUUCAAGGUUGAACUACUGCAAUGCUCUCCUUGCUGUUCAUCCUGCAAAGGCUAUCAAACCACUCCAGCUGGUUCAGAACGCAGCAUCACGCCUCGUCUUCCAACAGCCCAAAAAGGCUCAUGUGACACCCCUUUUGAUCUCUCUCCACUGACUACUGGUGGAAGCCCGUAUCAGAUUCAAGUCACUAAUGCUUGCCUACUGGAUCACUGGAUCUGCACCGGCAUACUUUCACACCCUCCUACACUCCUACACCCCAUCAAAAAGCCUGCGUUCAGCAAACCAGAGGCGUCUUGUAUUGCCUUCUCAAAAGGGCAGUAAGCACUUUACCGCACAUUAUGCUUCACAACUCGUUUCUGGUGGAAAAUUCUUCCUAACUUAGUCCGGUCAACCACAUCUCUCACAACAUUCAAAAUACUACUAAAAACCCAUCUCUUCUGUGAAUACUUGAAAGACAAAAAAAGAACCCUCUCUCUUUCUCUCACAGGUAGUAGUCUAGCUUUUGUUGAAACAAAUAACUUUGUAUUAGCACUUGUAUCAGACUUGUAUGCCAUAUCGCUUAUUGCUCCCUGAACUCUCUGUAGGAUAAAAGCGUCUGCUAAAUGACCGAAUGUAAAUCCAGCUGACAACAGGAUCAGGGCAUCACAAAAAUAAAUCUUAAUUCAAUUAAAAUACGUUUCCUGGUUAAAGCAGAGACAACAGGCGAUUAAAGGGGUCAAAGACACGGUUAAUACUGAUAUUUUCAUUUUUUUUUUUAGAUGUAAUGCAACACGAUUUAAGGUUUGAAGGUCCGGUAUGUUCCAAAUACUGUGCAUGGUUUUAACUCCUCUUUCCUCGCCUAUUGGGAACUAUUGAAACUGUGUAAAAUCUGUUCCAUUGGAGUCAAAGUAGAAGACGCGACUCUCUCUACCAAUGGCUCUGCUGCAAUCGUGUGACGGAAAUGUACACCUCUUCCCAUAUUUGGAAAAUCCGGUUCCAAAGCCACUGUACUGACAGGUUCGCCCACAUCUGGGCGGUCUUUGUCAAAUUAUACCAGAACUGACGUAGAUUUGUGAGGGUGUGGUUACACAAGCCAUUUUUGGCAUUUGUUCCAACACUUUAUUUUUUGCAAUUUUACGUGUCUUAUACAUGCAUGGGCAUCUUUUAAUACACCAAAGACACAGGAAAACACGCUUUGGGGUUGUCCAGCACCAGGGUUGCGUUCAAAAAUGUUGCAAAACGUUGUUAAACGGAAACGGUGGUGCGGUUGAACAACCUGUUGGGAUGACGCAAGAGUUGAACUAUGGCAGCUGAAGCCGGAGCUGAUGAAAUCAGUAGAAAUACGUAUUGAAUACUGGAAAACGCAUGUCUUCUAAUAUCUUAAAUUGUUGCCUAUACCUAGCGGACACAUUUGUAAACAACUUUACUUGGACCCAUUGUGCGAGUUGUCUCCUCAAUACCGGUGUGUAUAUGUUGCUUCGGAUUGUUCUGACAUUCUUGACACACCCACCAAACAUGAGAAAAACGAAUCUCAAGCCCUGUUGCACACCAUUUCCAGGAUACUUAUUUACGUUGAUAAAACAACAUUAUUUUAAAAAUUAUUUCCAACACAACAUUCCCCCUAGUGGUGAAAAAUAUUAACUGCACCUUAAGAUUCGGGAAGUAGUCUAUGUGUAGACAAAAAGAAGAGGAAAAAAUGACACUAGUAAACUAUUAAGUAGUUUUAGGGACUUUUUCAAGAAAGUCAUGAACAAUAAAAAACACAACCAAGUGCAUCUGAUCUGAAUGAGACAUGAGUGUGAAGCAGCAGAUGGCAGCAUUGCAUAACAAUACAGGUAAUGCAUCAAAGUAUCAAACCAGCCUCUCUCUUUCUAUCGCUCUCCAUCCCCUUAUGCCUUGUUUCACGUCAUGUUUGCGUUUAUAUUUUAUAUAUGUGAAGAGAGGAGAGAAAAGAGAGAAACUUUCCAGAAUGAAACAUCUCGUGUUUGAUCAUUGAAUAAUGUUGAAUACAUUUUACUGUAGGCUUAUACUUAAAUACUUUUAUUGGGUUUUUUAAAUGCAUGAGCCCCAUACAAACGAAAGAAUGUUAACUAAAUAGUUACAUAGUUCCAAGCAAUCCAAGCUGAAAUUAUAACUGUCACAAUUGCCAUGGAUACAAUUUUAUGUACCCUUACCUGACAGUAGCACAGAGGACAAGUUUAAACUGUGCGUGGUUAAAUCAUUUGCAUUAAAAGCCCAGAUGUCUAGUCAUUAGAUGGUCAAAAAUAUGCAGGGAAGAAUACAUUUACCAAAAUAAGCUACAUUGCAUUGUAAUCAUUUGCUGUAAUUAAAGAAAAUUGAGGGCCAUUAUUGUGGAAGACUUAUCAUUUAUAUUCAUAAUCAUUUUGGUCUUGUAUGCAAAUGACUAAGAUGAUGCCCGGCACAUCCAUUAAGGUUUAGAUUAAUUGGGGUAGAUAAAUACAUACUUCCACAUGUAAUCCUUUACUGUAGCCAAACUGAAGUAUUUUUUUGAGUACAUGUGCAAAUGCAUGUAUGAUCAUGUGUGUACCCAGUUGUGUAUGUGUGUGCGUGUGUGUCUUUUCUCUGCCACACAGAGCAUCUCCAUGGUGUUCAGUCACUCUGUAUCUCUGGGUUUGGCUGGCAGAGGAGCUCAACACUCCUUCAUAUACAGACACACAGGCUGAUGCUCAAUCCUCUUCAUCAAUGUGUAUGGUCAUAUUUGCUCCGCUUUGUGCUGUUUUAGCAUUCGCAACAUGUGGGGGAUAUUCAGGCCAGAUAAUGGUUAAAGUCGAAUGUUUGAACAAAACCCAAAACAACAUCAGCAUCAGUUUCAACUACCCAUUCAGACUCCAGCAGGUGCAUUUUAAUGCUCCUCUAUGCGAAGGCACCAGAAAAGAAACUGUCUUUCUCGAAGGGGAUUAUUCUUCAUCCACUCAGUUUUUUGUUACCGUGUCGGUCCUGGCUUUUCUCUAUUCUCUUUUGGCCACAAUAGUUUACAUCUUCUACCAGAACAAAUACAGAGAGAAGAACAGAGGCCCAGUAGCUGACUUCCUGGUGACUUUAGCGUUCUCUAGCAUGUGGCUGGUUAGCUCGAUCACCUGGGCGAAAAGUCUGUCUAGUGUGAAGGCGGCCACUGAUGUGAAUCAGAUUCUGCUGUUGAUGUCUGCAUGCAGAGCCCAGGAGAACUUGUGCGAGGUCUUAAUGGAGCCAGUUUGGACAAAUCUUAACAUGUCUGCGGCCUUUGGUUUUUUAAACUUCUUCCUUUGGGCGGGUAAUAUUUGGUUUGCCUACAAAGAGACAGGUUUGCACAAGUCUACCCAGCGCUACCCAUCCCGGACUCCCUCUGAGAAACGCGGCAGCUUCAGGCAGUACAGUCAAACCAGUUUUGAUCAAUCCGGGACUGGCUUUGGCCAAAGGCUCUACAAUCAGGGGAGUUUUGACUUAUCAAGUGGAGGUUUGAGCCUACCCCAAACCAAUCUAGGACAGCCAAUGUUUUACCGACAGGUGGGAAGUCCUACGUCCAGAGGCCCUCUUAUAUUUGUUAAUGAGAUGUGAAAGAGGAGGGAAGGGAAAGAGAGAGAGACAGCGAGAGAGAGAGAAGAAAUGUCUUCUCAGUAAUAACAGAUCAUUUGUGAUUGAGAAUUUGAUAUAAUGUGAUGCAGAAUAUUUUGUAAUAGAAGUUGGUAUAAUGUUAUUUAUUUGUUAAUAAUGAAGUCCUGUAAAAGUGAAUAAUCUGCCUGCAUCAUCUUUUAACCUGAUCUCAUGGGAGUUCUAAACUAUUUUGCGAGGUAGCUAACUCGUAUGAUUGUGAUUGUGUUGCAUCUUUUGUAUCUAUUAUCAAUCUAAAUAUGCAUACAAAAUUAAUUAUUACUGUCUCAAAUCUAGAUUGUGUUUUCCCAGUGAUAACUCUGCAGUUUUUGAAUGUGAUUUUAGCAUAGCGUGUCUACAAUCUGACAGUUUACACUUCAUGUUUGAAUUAGGAAUUUCAAACAAUUAAUCGCGAUUAAUCGCA